AUGGUUGGCGUGGACCUUCUGGGCCUCCAGCCCACCACGGUAUCCCUGAAAACAAUACGCAGCCGCAAGGGCGACCAUUCAGCAGCUUUGGGAGCGCCGCAGCAACAACAAAUCGCACAGUCUCAGGUUGGUGGAAAUGUUCUGCUUCCACCAUCCUACCAUCCAGCAGGUCCCGCCAGCGGUCACACCCUCCCAACUCUUGCCGAUCUCGCCCAAGGAAGUCAACCUGUUCACCAUCAGCCUUCACAGUAUAACACACAUCCACCACCUUCGAACACUGGGCACUCGCUUCCUGGCCUGGGCCACACACUUCAGCAGUCACCUCAGCGCAUAGUCAACCAAGACCGCGAGAGAGAACUUCGGGAACGAGACAGACGUGAGAUGGAAAUGAUGGAGAGGCAGAGACAGCGCGAGGAAAUGCAUCUGCGCGAGCAAGAGCAAAUGAACCGGGAUCGUGAGCUUGCCGAGCGUGCCCACCGAGAGCAGAUGCAACACCAUCCUGUUCAAAAUCACGCAGGCUCGAUACCCAUCCACCAACCAGUUGCUUCAAAAGUUCCGAACUCGAUUCAUGGACCAAAUGGCCUGCUCUCGACUCUGGGUUCUGGCUCAGCACCAGCUAAUUCGAUUCCUGCAAGCAAUGGGCCCUCGGGCUUGUUCACUAUGGGCUCCCAGCAACAAGAAAGCAUGCCACGUCCUGCAUACCUUCAUCAAAGUGCUCCGCCUGCGCAGCCUCAACAGAUGCCGGGCUUUGCAGGCCCAGGUCCUUCGCCGAUGCCCGCUCAUGCUGCUAUUGGUCAGCAACAGCCCAUCCUAAAUGAUGCACUUAGUUAUCUGGAUCAAGUAAAGGUCCGUUUCAGCGAUCAACCAGACGUCUACAACCGCUUUCUAGACAUUAUGAAAGACUUCAAAAGCCAAGCUAUCGAUACCCCGGGUGUUAUUGAACGGGUGUCAAAUCUCUUCAAUGGACAUCCGGCGCUUAUACAGGGAUUCAAUACAUUUCUCCCUCCUGGAUAUCGCAUUGAAUGUGGCACAGACGACAACCCUGAUGCCAUUAGGGUAACUACGCCACGUGGAACCACAACACAAUCAUUGCAAGCAAGAAGCCGGCCAGCUUUUGAGGUGGCAGCGCUGGAUGGUAAUACGGGCCCUAAUACUUUAGCACGGCAGGAAAUGCUUGAUCAGAGUCGUCAAGGCUGGAUGCAACAUCAAGGCCCGAUGCCGCAGUACUCUCCCACUGGCCGCCAUACUACUCUGCCUAUUUAUACACAACAACAAGGGCCAUCUGGUGAUGUGUCUUACGAGAGCCGUAAUGAACAGGAAGCCGCUAACGCAGCGCUGGUUCAUCAACAAGAACAGCGAGGUGUUUCGCAGCUACAAAAUGCCGUUACAGCCGCCACCAACGGGUCUACAGGCCGAGGCCAGUUGAUGCAGAUCUCUCCGAAUUCUGGACCCCCAGCGACAUUGGCUCAGCAAGCUGGCCAGGUGUUACUGCCAGGUCAGCAAGGUGACAUGAAGCGAGGCCCGGUUGAGUUCAACCAUGCGAUAAGCUAUGUUAACAAAAUCAAGGCGAGUCUUCUCUACGAAAAAAUCGCUUUGUACAACAACCUGAAACGUACAAGCAGUUUCUUGACAUCCUACAAACAUACCAGAGAGAGUCAAAGCCCAUACAGGACGUCUACGCUCAAGUUACACAAUUGUUUCACACUGCACCUGAUCUGCUGGAAGACUUCAAACAAUUCUUACCGGAAUCCGCGGCACAGUGCCGCGGAUGAAGCUAUGAUUAGCAACGUCCGGGGAGAGUAUACAGCUGGCCAAGUCGCCCAAGCACAGACACCAAGACCAACAACCAAGAUGCCUCCUCUGGGACAAUUUGAUCCUCCGAGUACCAGCAAAGAAAACAAGAAACGUCGAGGUGGACUCGGUGUGCAGUCUUCGGGUCAAGCUGGUCCUUCCAGCUCCUUAGAUGCCAUUGGCACUGCCCAAAGUGGACGAGGCGGCGCCGUCCAGGUAGGCAAUGUGAAUAAGCGAGCGAAGAUGAGUCAUCCAAAGAUUGUGCAGGCCGAUGCAUCCAACGUCUCACCCUCACUUGUGCCUCAGCUACCUGAGCCACUUCCACCUCAAUCCUCUCUGGCUAUUACUCAAGAUGAAUUCGUAUUUUUCGAUCGCGUGAAGAAGUUCAUUUCCAACAAGAAUAGCUACACUGAAUUCUUGAAGUUGAUCAAUUUAUUUACACAAGACCUCAUAGACAAAAACACUCUCUCUGAUCGGGUCAGCGCCUUUGUUGGCGGUAACCCAGAUCUAAUGUCUUACUUCAACAGGCUGAUCGGCGUUGAGACCCCAGAAGGGAUUAUCGAAGCUCGUGCCAAACCUGAUCCUGGUCGCGUGAACCUUUCGCAUUGCCGAUCUCUGGGGCCGAGCUAUCGACACCUGCCAAAGCGCGAGCAGCAUAAGGUGUGUAGAGGUAGGGAUGAAAUGUGCUAUGAUGUGCUCAAUGAUGAGUGGGCCUCACAUCCUACAUGGGCUUCUGAAGAUUCUGGGUUUGUUGCUCAUCGUAAAAACCAGUAUGAAGAUGGUCUCCACCGACUCGAAGAGGAACGUCACGAUUACGACUUCCACAUCGAAUCCUGCCAACGUACAAUUCAGCUCAUGGAGCCUCUUUUGCAGCAAAUGCGACUACUCAAUGAGACUGAUCGGGCCAGAUUUGUCAUUGAUGAGAAGCUUGGUGGUCAGAGCAAGGCAAUUCCGACCCGUAUCAUCAACAAGAUUUAUGGUCCCCAGGUGGGCAAGAAUGUGAUGGCUUCAAUGGUUGGUCGGCCGUCAGCCGUCCUGCCCAUUGUAUUGAACAGACUCAAGCAGAAGCUCGAGGAGUGGAAGCAAAGUCAACGAGAAUGGGAGAAAGUCUGGCGAGAGCAGACCCACAGAUUUUUCUGGAAAAGUCUUGAUCAUCAGGGCAUCAACGCCAAAAACCUCGACAAGAAGAACUUUCAGCAGAAGACUCUUACAAGUGAGAUUCAGGCUAAAUACGAUGAACGGAAGAAGAUACGUGAAGCAGGGUAUCAGCAAGUAGCUCAUCAAUUCGAGUAUGCCUUUAGCCAGCAGGAGGUUCUUUUAGAUGCAAGCCAUCUCAUAUUGUUCGCCCUUGAGAAAGACCGUGCCACCUACAACAGCGGUGAGCAAGAGCGCAUUUCGGCCUUCUUGACCAAAUUCGUUACCACAUUUUUUGGCAUCGACGCCACCGUCUUCAAAGAAUUCAUGCUGGACAUUUCGGAACAAGCUAGCAACGGGGAUAUGGAUGACGAAAUCAAUGGCGAGGAAGCCAUCCAACAACGGUACUUGAAAGCCAAUAUGCGAAAGGCCGAUAUUCUUCACCGCCUUGCUCUGAACAAACACGCUGGUAAAGAAAGUAGCAUUUUGACUGGCAGCAAGGAAUCCACACCGGCAGGAGGGCUCAUGAGCGAGCUUGAACAGGAUGACGAUCCGAUGAACGAUGCAGAUGUCGUCGCUGAUGUUGCGGCCCGAAGGUGGAUGGAUCAUCCUGCUAUCACUCAUGGUGACAAAAUGCGACGGUAUCUUCUAGAUGAGCCAUAUGAGCGCGAUGAGUUCAACCUUUACGCUAACGCCAAUAUCUACUGCUUCUUCCGGCUCUUUGAAGCCCUCUACAGUCGUCUUCUUGCAAUCAAAGAGAACGAAGCAGCGGUCCAUGAAGAUGUGCGGCGAGCAACUGGCGAAAAGGGCCAACCACCCAGAGCUGCCAUAAGCCUCAAGAUGAUUGAUAAGCUACCCUCAGAUUUCUUUGUCGAUGUCGGACCGAAGACAUCAUACUAUCGCCAGAUCAUCACGAUGUGCGAGGAAGUGCUCUCUGGCUCUCUAGAUCUGUCACAUCUUGAAGAUACCUUACGAAGAUUCUACAUGAAGAACGGGUGGCAACUUUAUACCAUUGACCGGCUGCUGGCUGCCAUCAAUCGCUUCAUCAUGAAUAUAUUGAGUUCCGAUUCAAAGGACAAAAGCACAGACAUCAUCAAUUUGUUCUACAAAGACAGAGACCGAGAUGAAACCACCCGUACCCAGGAGAGAUUUUAUAGAAAACAGGUGCAGAAGCUGGUCAAGGAGGGUGAGGUUUACCGGAUCAGAUAUAACCCAAAUACUACCAGAGCAACCAUUCGACUAUUCCCCUCGGAUGACGAUACUUUCUCUGGGGAAAAGCUAGAUGACGAAGCUCGUUGGUCGGUCUACGUCACGUCUUACCAGAUGCUUGAUCCUACUGAGGGAGUACCUCAUUCGAGAGUUGGCAAGUCUUUCCUUAGACGCAACCUUGCGAAGAAUGUCGACGUCGACACCAUUCUGUCGGAAGAUCGACAAGAGCUGCGGGUUGAUGUCUCCACAUAUCGUAUCAUCUUUACAUACAAUGGUGUUCCGGGCAAGCCUUUUGUGUAUGAGAAAAAGAUCUCGAAGAACGAGAUGGCGUUUGCGGAAGACGCUCUCAAGAAGGCAAAGACAAAGAGAGAUGAGAAGAUGAGGGAGAAAUUUGUGACCAACGCGUCUUGGAUGAAGACCUUGAGCGCUGACCAAGUUGAGCUCAGGAAAUCAGCGUGGCUGAAAGGGUUGGAAGAGGGGCUGUGGAAGAUGGAGGAGGACUUGAGCAGGGUUCUCACGAAUGCAGAUACAGCCCGGGAUGCUAUGGUCGUCCAUGGAGCAAUCUAA